AUGGAUAGUGGGCGAAUGAAAGAAGCUGUUCGCACUGUGAUUGAUGAAGGAAAAAGUAUUCGAAAUAUUUGUGUAACACAUGAUAUCAAGUUUUCAACUCUCCGUAGAUACGUGAAAAAGGCACGCACUUCUGAAAACAAAGACUUAAUAGCAUAUUCACCAAAAUACAACUGCCGCCAGGUUUUCAGUCACGAUGAAGAGAUACUUCUACAGGAUUACCUUAUUAAAGCAUCGAAAAUUCAGUAUGAGCUGACACGGAAACAAGUUCGUGAGCUGGCAUAUGAAUUUGCUGUUAGAAAUAAAAAAAUAAUCCGUGAAGCAUGGACUAAAAAUAGUUUAGCAGGAGAAGACUGGUUUACUGAAUAUAUGAAACACUUUCCGAACCUUUCACUACGUCAUCCUGAAGCGACCAGCCUAUCACGUGCGACAAGUUUCAACAAAAAGAAUGUCAAGGAUUGUUUUGACAACUUACAGAUAGUGCUCGAGAGACACCACUUCGGCCCCAAUGAUAUCUACAAUUCUGAUGAAACGGGAUGCAUUACAGUACAGAAAGUUGGAAACACAAAAGUGAUCGCAUGCAAAAGUGAUAAGCAAGUUGGCAAGAUUACUUCUGGUGAGAGAGGGACUUUGGUAACAAUGGUUGGUACAAUAAAUGCAUCUGGAAAUUCUAUUCCACCAUUUAUGGUAUUUCCUCGUGUCCACUUCAAAGAUUCAAUGUUGCAUGGUGCUCCUCCUGGGACCAUUGGAUCUGCCCAUCAAACAGGAUGGAUGACGACUGAAAACUUCACAGUAUUCAUGGAACACUUUAUCAAAUCAACUAAAUGUUCCAAGGAGCUUCCUGUUUUACUGAUACUUGACAACCAUGACACACAUCUCUCGAUACAAACCAUUGAUCUGGCUAAAGAUAAUGGUGUGAUUAUGCUGACACUGCCACCUCAUUGCAGUCAUAAGAUGCAACCGUUGGAUAUAUCUGUAUAUGGUCCAUUCAAGUCAUUCUACAAUCAGGCAGCUAAUUCUUUUAUGACCAAUCAUCCUGGUCAAACUAUCACCAUCCACGAUAUCGCUCAGAUAGUAGGCAAUGCCUAUCCUUUGGCCUUCAAACCUAACAUCAUAGCCGGUUUUCGAGCCUCUGGCAUCUACCCAUUCAAUCCAAACGUCUUCAGCGAGGAAGAUUUCCUCGGUUCAUACGUAACAGAUCGACCUGAAUGGGUCGAUGCCGGAGAACCAAUGGUUCCAGAACACCAUCAUUCUGCUCCAGUAUCACCAGAACAUCAUUGUUCAGCUAUAUAUGAUACAGCAACGCAUUUAAAGAAGCCAGUAGCAGUCGCUUCAACAUCAGGAGCAGUCGCUUCAACUACAACAAAUGUAGAGAAUUAUAUCAUUACCCCAGAACAAAUAAGUCCAUUCCCAAAGGCACCACCACGUAAAAACAAAGGAGGAAGAAAGAAGGGUGCAACUCUUAUUCUGACACACUCCAAUCAAGGAACAAAUAAGAGAAGUAGAACAAAAGAGAAAAAGAAAGAAAGAUAA